AGUCAUGUGAAAUUGUUCAGAAGUUGAACAUGCUUCGUUAGAAACUGAAGUACGCGCGAGCUUGAGAACUUUACCUUCUCUUAUCAUUUGUAAAUUAGUGAUUGUUAUUGUUGAAAGUAGUUCAAGAAAGAAAACAACUUGACAUAGAUAAAAUAAGUUAAUUACCUACGAGUUGAUGACAAUUUAAAAUUUGGUCAAGAGUCUUACAAAUUAUUAGAUGAGAAUUACUUUAGUGAUGGUUGCAGAACCAGAACCGCUUCACGUUAGAGGACGAGAUAAAAUGAUCAUUUUGUUGUAUUUGAUUGUAAUUCUCGGUUGGGCGCUGCUUAUUUUAAUCAUAAAAUGUAGGAAAGCAAGAGAGAAACGAAUCGCAAUGGCAGAACCUCAAAAUCAAAACGCAAUACAUGUGAUACAAAUUGGAAACACUUUUUACGACGUCAUUCCAAUCAACAACCCAUCUGCUUCGGUUGCACGAUGUCCUAGACGAUGUCAUCAUCAUUCACAUUGCCGUCGAAGCGUUCGUGUCCAACGCUCGGAAUCGAAUUCAAGUAUUAAUAAUAUAAAUGCUCAUACAAAUCCAUCAUUUGUGCUUGACGAAGGGGUUUAUCCUGGUGCACCGCCAUCAGGUCUUGAAGCUCCACCAUCAUACGAUGAAGUCAUAAGAUUACCUAAUCAGUAUCCUAAGAUCACCAGCUCAUCAACGGUUGUAACACCGAUUAAUGAACAUCCACCACCCACAAUCGCGGAAAUAGAAGGAAAUGACAAUUCAAUUACAACUAUCACAUCUUUAUCACCUGCCGUAUUCUCAAAUCAACAACAGAGAACACCGGCAAAUGAAACACGAACCUGUGUGACGUAA